AUGUCGCUCCUACGAAGAGCCUUUGCCACUGCUUCCUCGUCAACUUACCGCACUCCUGGAAAGGUUGUGUGCAUCGGCCGUAACUAUGCCGAUCACGUCGCGGAGCUGAACAACACAAAGCCUAAGCAGCCUUUCUUCUUCCUUAAGCCCCCUUCGUCCAUCGUCCUUCCCGGGCAAGGACCCGUCCUCCGCCCCAAGGGCGUGGACCUUCACUACGAGGUCGAGUUGGGUCUCAUCCUGAACCGGAGGCUUAGGGACUUUGAUGGUGCCGAUACCAAGGGCGCGCUUGAAGCCAUCGAGUCUUAUCUACUCGCGAUCGACAUGACAUCCCGAAACGGCCAAAACGAGGCGAAGAGGAAGGGCCUGCCUUGGGACAUUCCCAAGGGCUUUGAUACGUUCCUGCCCCUAAGCCAGAUUAUCCCCAAGUCCGCGAUUCCCGACCCCCACAACGUCGAGCUCUUCCUCAAGGUCAACGGCGAGACGAAGCAAGAUGCCUCGACCAACCUCAUGCUCUUCCAAAUCCCCAAGAUCCUCAGCCACAUCUCCAGAGUCAUGACGCUCGAGCCUGGUGAUCUCAUUAUUACCGGAACGCCUGCCGGCGUCGGUCCUGUUAUCCCCGGCGAUGUCAUGAGGGCCGGCCUGAGGGUGAAUGGCAAGGAGCUCGAGGAGGCUAAGAUUGAGAUUCCCGUCGAAGAAUCGACCUCCUCCUACGUAUUUACUGAGACAUAG